AUGCUCUCCACCCUCCGACCAGUCGCUCGUGCGGCCGUCCGGCAACGACCAGCGCAGAUACAAGUCAAGGCCCAGGCCAUCCGCAUUGUCAACGCAUCGACAUGGGCGCAGGUCAAGGAAGGACCUCCUGACGCCAUCUUGGGCAUCACCGAGGCAUUCAAGAAAGACUCGUUUCCGGAGAAGAUUAACCUGGGUGUGGGCGCAUAUCGUGACGACAAAGGCAAGCCCUACGUCCUUCCCAGCGUCCGAGCCGCCGAGCAAAAGAUUGUCUCCUCCGCCCUUGACAAAGAAUAUGCUGGUAUCACCGGUGUGCCUACAUUCACCAAAGCCGCUGCCUUGCUCGCAUAUGGGCCCGACUCAAAACCGCUCGAGGAAGACCGGAUCGCCAUUACCCAGUCUAUUUCAGGAACCGGUGCGCUGAGAAUAGGAGGUGAAUUCCUAAACCGUUUCUACCCCGGCGCGAAGACAAUCUACAUCCCUACCCCAUCGUGGGCCAACCACAAGGCCGUCUUUAAUGAUUCGGGUCUCGAGGUCAAGCAAUACAAGUACUACAACAAGGACACCAUCGGGUUGGAUUUCGACGGUAUGGUGGCAGACCUGAAAGCAGCUCCCUCUGGAUCCAUGAUUCUUCUCCACGCCUGUGCCCACAACCCGACCGGUAUUGAUCCCACCCCGGAGCAGUGGCGCCAACUCAGCGACCUUGUCAAGGAGAAAGGCCACUACCCUUUCUUCGACAUGGCCUACCAGGGCUUCGCAUCCGGCGACACUGACAAGGACGCAUAUCCCGUCCGUCUGUUCAUCGAGCAAGGCCAUGGUCUGGUCCUGGCUCAAUCAUUCGCCAAGAACAUGGGCCUGUACGGCGAGCGCGUGGGUGCCUUCAGCAUUGUCUGUGAGUCGCCUGAGGAGAAGAAGCGUGUCGACUCGCAGAUCAAGAUCCUCGUCCGUCCUCUGUACUCCAACCCUCCCGUCCACGGUGCCCGUAUUGCCAGCGAAAUCCUCAACAACCCGGAGCUCAACAAGCAAUGGCUGGGUGAGGUUAAGGGUAUGGCCGACCGCAUCAUCGAGAUGAGAGCACUCCUGAAGAAGAACCUUCAAGAUUUGGGCUCAAAGCAUAACUGGGAUCACAUCACCAACCAGAUCGGCAUGUUCGCCUACACCGGCUUGACACCUGACCAGAUGGACGCCUUGGCCAAAGAACACUCCGUCUAUGCGACCAAGGACGGCCGUAUCUCCGUGGCUGGCAUCACUUCCGGCAAUGUCAAGAGAUUGGCAGAGGCAAUCUACAAAGUCACCGGAUAA